CAAACAUUAACGAAUAGCGAUUCAGCAUAAAAAAUCUACAUUCUUUAUCUUUUUAUUUCAUCAAUUUGUCAAUAUCUGGUUUUUUUACUCCACAUUAUUGAUUAUUCCAAUUUUCGCUUAUUUAUUGUCAGUGGACGCUGCUCACUGAGCUCACUUCCCACUCUCAGAGCUCCAAACUCCACCAAAAUCUCCGCCAUGGAAUCCACCCACUUCUCCCGCUUCCUCUUCCUCCUUCUCGCCGCCGGCAUCCUCAUCCUCUUCGCCUGCGCAAAUUUCCCCACCUACCUCCCACCGCAACCCUCCCCCCGCCUUUCCUCCCGCUGCUCUGCCUCCUCCUCCUCCUCCUCCAAUUCCUCCGCAUGCAAAUCCAGAAAAAUCGCCGGAAUCCUCAAACAACCGCCCAACCCCACCGCCGAAUCCCGCCGUCUCCGCCACGAAUCCGCCACUCCCCAGCACCCGCUCGACCCACUCACCAUCCAAGAGCUCAACAAAGUCCGCCACGUCAUCAAUUCCCACCACCUCUUCAAAUCCCCUUCCUCCUCCGCCGUCGCCCUCCACACCGUCGUGUUGGAAGAGCCGCCGAAGUCCGCCGUCCUCCGCUGGUCCCCCGGCGACCCCCUCCCGCCGCGUAAGGCCUUCGCCAUCGCCCGCAGCGGCGGCGACACCUUACUCCUCUCCGUCGACGUAGCCUCCGGCGAGCUGAAAGCGGACCGGGCAUCGGAUUCCUCCCCGUCGGGCUACCCGACGAUGACGGUCGAGGACAUGACGUCAGCGACGUGGGCCCCGUUCGCGAGCGCCGAUUUCAAUCGGACGGUCACGGAUCGAGGGGUCGAGUUGAGUGACGUGGCGUGCCUGCCGAUCUCGCUGGGUUGGUUCGGGAAAAAGGAGGAGGAUCGGAGGUUGAUUAAGGUGCAGUGCUACUCCAUGAAAGAUACGGUGAACUUCUACAUGCGGCCGAUCGAAGGGCUCACCGUGGUCGUCGAUCUGGACUCCAAAGACGUCAUCGAGAUCGUCGAUAAAGGGAGGCACAUACCCAUACCGAACGCCGCCAACACAGACUACCGCUACUCCGCGAUAAAGAAGAAUCAACGGCUGGAUUUGGUCAAUCCGAUCUCGAUCGAGCAGCCGAAGGGCCCCACUUUCACGGUCACGGGGGACCACCUGGUGAGAUGGGCAAACUGGGAAUUUCACCUGAAGCCCGACCCGAGAGCCGGGGUGAUCGUUUCCCAGGCCCGGGUCAAGGACCCGGAAACCGGGGAGAUGAGGAGCGUGAUGUAUAAAGGUUAUACGUCGGAGCUUUUCGUCCCGUACAUGGAUCCGACUGAUGCUUGGUACUUCAAGACGUAUAUGGAUGCGGGCGAAUACGGGUUCGGGUUGAACUCCAUGCCGCUUGACCCGCUCAAUGAUUGUCCAAGGAACGCUCAUUACAUGGACGCGGUGUUCGCCGCCGGCGACGGUACGCCGUAUGUCCGGCCGAAUAUGGUCUGUAUUUUCGAGAGCUACGGCGGAGAUAUCGGGUGGCGCCACUCGGAGAGUCCGAUCACCGGCAUGGGGAUUAUUGAGGCGAGACCAAAAGUGACGCUUGUGGCUAGAAUGGCAGCUUCGGUGGCGAAUUACGAUUACAUCAUCGACUGGGAAUUUCAAACGGAUGGGCUCAUCCGAAUUAAGGUGAUCUUAUUUCUUGGGGUUCUUGAUAUUUAGGAUAACUAUAUGUACAUUAGUUUGAUAAUUAACCUACAUUAACCAAAAUGUCUAGUGAUAUCAGGACAGUUAUGAAACUUAAGAGGGUAUUCUGAGUUUUCGUAACUUCUCAUUUGUCACUAACCUUCAUUUGAUAGUAGUGGUAGGUUUGUAUUAGAGUGAACUUUUCUCUGAUUUCGUAUCAACUCUCGUAUUAGUGGUGAAAGAAACUAAGAAACUAUCAUCAAUAUACCGUCUCUUAAGCUAGUACACAGAAAACUUUCGAGCAUUAAGAUUUUGUGUCUAUCGGCUCGACCGAUCCUUCAAUUAAAGUCAUAUUAUGAUCAAUCGAAUCAAAUUCAAUUGAGAUUCAUAUUAGUUAAUAAUAGCCCAAUUAAGAAACUAACUAGUUAACGGUCAUUUGACUGCUAAAUUAUAAGAUCUCUACUAUUAUAUUGACACCCUGAUUUCUUCUUAACUACAUAUGAUCUCUUUAAUAUUAUGCUCUCUAAUCGGAUCAAAUCAGGUGGGUCUGAGCGGAAUCCUGAUGGUGAAAGGAACAAGCUACGUGAACAAGAACGAGGUACCCGAGGACGAGAAUCUCUACGGCACAAUGCUGUCGGAGAACGUGAUCGGAGUCAUCCACGACCACUACGUCACGUUCUAUCUCGACAUGGACGUCGACGGGGUCGACAACUCCUUCGUGAACGUCCACAUCAAGAAGGAGGAGACCUCGCCGGAGGUGAAUUCGCCGAGGCGGAGCUUCCUGAAGGCCGUGAGGGAAGUGGCCAAGACGGAGAAAGAGGCCCAGAUCAAGUUCCAGCUCUACAACCCGUCCGAGUUCCACGUGGUUAACCCGGGCAAAACCACCCGGGUUGGGAACCCGGUCGGGUACAAGGUGGUCGCGGGUGGAACCGCGGCCAGCCUGCUGGAUCACUCCGACCCGCCUCAGAUGCGGGGCGCGUUUACCAAUAACCAGAUAUGGGUCACGCCGUACAACCGGUCGGAGGAAUGGGCCGGUGGUCUGUUCGCUUACCAGAAUCAUGGGGAGGAGAAUCUUCAAGUCUGGUCCGACCGGGACAGGGAAAUAGAGAACAAGGACAUAGUGGUGUGGUACACGAUGGGAUUCCAUCACAUUCCCUGUCAAGAGGAUUUUCCGAUCAUGCCGACGGUGUCUUCCAGCUUCGAUCUGAAACCGGUCAACUUCUUCGAGAGGAACCCGAUCCUGAGGAUCCCGCCCAACGUCGAGAAGGACUUGCCGGUUUGCAAGGCGGCCGCUUCUGCUUAAAACGGUGAAUGGAAGAAAUAUGAGAAAUUGAUGUGAUGAAUUAGAACUAAUCAGUUGUGUUGUGAAGAGGUGGAAUUAAUGUCUAGUUGAUUAGCUCUAGGGAGUGUUGUUUUCGGGUUUUUCAGGAUGCAAAAGCGGCAGAAUCAGGCUGAAAAUGUUCUUUGUGUAUCAACACAGAGUUCUCAAUAAGCCACUCUAUAUCUAGGUGUAUGAUCAUUAGUUUGGUACACAAGUGUAUAGAUUAAUAAUUGUGUAAUAUCGUGCCUGAUUAAAGAGUAUUGUCGUUCUUGUUAAAUUUUCAUUUAUGAGAGAUGAGAAGAAAGAACCGAUACAAUAUGGACAAACA